AUGCGUCGUUUGUUUAUAAAUAACCGUCGUGAUGAAUUGCAAAAACAAGUGGCUGAAGGCAGUCUGAGUAUAACUGGCAGUAAUGAUGUGUUGACCUUGGCUUUGGGUCCCGAGCAUCCAGGGAGAGUAAGAGGGGUAGGUGCUGGGAUUUCCCCUAGGCAAUUCUUCAAUUUACCUAGACCACAAAGGGUAAAGUUUGCUGAUCAAUUGAAGGAAAGUGUAAGAAUUGUCCUUCAAGAAGAGACUAAGAAGAUGGAAGCUAGAACCAAACAAUUAGUAGAGGCUGAGAGGGAACAUUUACUAAGUCAGCUUUCCCACCUCAUCCCCAAUUUUGAUCCAAGCAUGCUUAAACCGAAAACUAGCCCCUGUCAAAACCAAGGUCUACAGCAAAGUCCCAUGAAUCCAAUGUCUGAUAAAGCAAGCUGUUCUGGGGCUGAAGUGAGAUCCCUACAUUUAGAGGAUGAUACUGCCAAAAAUGGGGAACAGCAGGAACAAACGAAAUCUGGGGCUUUAGAUAAUCAAGAUGAAGAGAAGAAAGAAGAAAAUAAAGAUGAACAGAAGAUGGGAGAAAAAAUUGAUGAAGGGAAGAAGGAAGAAAAAAAAGAGAAUAAAGAUGAAGGCAAAGAGGAAGACACAAAUGUUGAAGAGAAGAAAGAAGAAAAACAAGAUGAAGAAAAGCAUGACGAGGAGGGUAAUGAAGUACUCGAUUAUUCAAAUGUGGAGGUGCCAUCUUCCUUACAAUCCCUUUGUGGUUAUGUGGAAACUACACUAAAGCCACAGGGGAAGAUCAUGACCUUCAACAUUGAGAAGGAGGUGUUUGGUGCAGAUCGAAGUACCUUCGUCUUGCAUGAAGAUAUUACACAGUUUGCAGGCAUGGAAGAAAUUGGGGCUACUGUGGUUGCAGUAUAUAUGAGGUGCUUAUAUGAUCUUUUGAGAGAAGCAAAUAUGUGCAGCAUGGUUGGCUUUAUCGACCCUGCUCAAGUUAGUGCCAACGCUGGGUCACUAACUGACAGAUCACGAAUUGUAGCCAGUCGACUUCAGAAAACAGAUGGUGAACAGAUUUUCAUGAUGCCUUACAAUCCAGGCCGUCAUUGGGUCUUGCUGAUUGUGAGGGCAAAGAGGGAAACCGUCUAUUUUCUGGAUCCUCUGCCUGGAAAUCGUGUGGUUGAUGAGGAGGGCAAAAACAUCGUGAACAGUGCUUUAAAAAUUUAUAAUUCCCACAUAGGCAGACCAGGCCGUAAAGCACCAAUUUGGAAAACUCUGCCAGGCACACCAAAGCAACCCAGCAGUGUCGAAUGCGGGUAUUAUGUCAUGCGCUUCAUGAGGGACAUCAUCAUGGAUCCUUCCUUGGAGUUUGAGAAGAAGUUUGCCAAGGGAAAAGAUCAAGCGCCAUACCCCCAAGCAGCCAUUGAUGAAGUCAGGAAAGAAUGGGCAGAGUUUGUUUGCCUUCAUAUGGAUUAG